AUGCAUAUAAUCUUUCGUGUCUGUAUAUUUCUUCGUUUUUUUUUUACUUUCUCCUCUUCAUUCAUACUAACCUUAUGUUACCCACCCUUUGCUUCAUCCUCCCUUCCAUCCUUCGUACAUAUCUCUCUAUCUCCACCCAUUCUUUGCCCGACACAUGAAUGGGAAAUUAACCACCUUUCUGCGUUAUAUCUGGCCUCCUCAUAUCAUCCAGUUUAUUUGUCUUUCCUUUAUUCUGACUCCCCCUCCUUAGUAAUAAAUUCUCUUUCCCCCUCAGUCAUAAAUUUUAUAUCGAACAUUGAACAUGUACAUAUCUAUCUAUCUAUCUAUCUAUUUAUAUAUCUAUCUAUCUAUCUAUCUAUCUACUCAUAUAUAAAAUAUAUCACAUUUUUAAUAUCAGUCUAUAUGUCACAGUGGGUUUCAUUACAUCUAUUUUUUUUAUCGAUCGAUCUAUCACAGUUGUUUUUAUCUAUCUAUCUAUCUAUCUAUCUAUCUAUCUAUCUAUCUAUGUUUCUGCUAUUGGCUCUAUCUAUCUAUCUAUCUAUCUAUCUAUCUAUCUAUCUAUCUAUCUAUCUAUCGAUGUACACUUUUAUAAUAUAUAUCACAUUUUUCAUGUGUUAA